AUGCUACGUACAAAUGCGAUUCGAGAACUCGCCAUACCUACGAGCAAUAUUCUCCCCGGAGAUGUGGGUGCAGACAAUUGCAGCGACAGAGGCGGUGGAUCUUGUGGCUGUAUUGGACAACUUUUUGAGAAGAUUAUUGCUCUUCGGCGCUCAGCCCCUUCCCAAGAUGGAGGAUAUUAUCCAUCUAAAAACAGUGAGAUCGAGUGGGCGAAACUUUUCAUACAAUUCAUCCUCGGAACUGAUUUCUGUCGUAGUCAAGCGUGCAAGGCACAUUCCGACGAUAUGAUUUGGUAUGUACAUCGGGUCAAAAUCAACACAUCGUUCUGUAUUGGAAAUCCUCACAUGGUCCAAGUAUUUCGAAGAUCAGGCAAGAAUCUGCCAGUUCCUUGUGACGAAGCCUACAACUGGGAGGAAACCGUUUGUCUGAACCUCGUUCUGCAGCAAAUCGACUUCUAUGUGACGUGUGCUGUUUGUACUAAAACGAGCCCACAGAAUCUGCAAAUCAUUCGCAAAAACUGUCAGAAGGUAUACCCGUCCCCUAGCAGAAGAAGUAUGGAUAGUAAGGGCGAAAACGAAGAGAUUACGUACCCGAAACUCUAUUUUGCGAUCGACGCUUUCGAAGAAGUUUUUCAAGACAUCGUUGUGAGAGACGGUGAAUGCGUUUGUGUGGAAUUAGUCGCUCGAGAUAGACAGAAUACCAGGGAAGCUGUGGUGUUCCUCGGUUCAAUCAGAUACGACAUUCUCAAGCAAGUUUAUGAUGCGAAGAUUUCGUCAACGUGGCAAUGGACACAAAAAAUUAUGAAACAGAGUGGGCGUCGGCAAGAGUUCGUCGGCAUGAGAGGACCCCAUAAAAAGGGAUAUGCUGAAAUGGCUGUGGCUAGAGUGCAGAACUAUGGUGGCUAUGAAACGCCUUCGUUGGAGGGAAGCAUAGACUUCUCCGAAAUUGAACGUUCAUGGAACCAAAGAAGAAUGUCCGAGACUAACUUGCCUGAAUCGCACGCUCGCUUUCGGUCGUCACUGACGCCUGCUAUUCAUGCUCGUGGUCGGCGCUGGCAAAGCGAAGCCGACACGAUAGAUAAGUAUCCUGAAGUAGAUGGAAGCAACCUUGACGAUGAACUGAAUGAGUGUGUUUUGAAUCGCUUGUGGUCUGUGCGUGGGUUCAGCCAAGCAUGGCAUUGGCUACGCGAGAAGAAAAGGGCGCAGUGCAUUCCGCUACACGCAUAUCUCACCUAUAUCACACUGUCCUGGACGAGUAUUCUUCAAGACCUGUUAAGUGAUCGCCCAAAACGACCAAUACUGACGUUCGAGUUGGAAGCUUUGCAUGAUUUGUGA